AGAAGAACGCGUCGCGCUGCCAGCGGUUGCGCAUGCGCACAGUCGGUGCGAGUUUUGCUGUCAGUCACUGGGAGACCGCCAUGUCCAAAGAGCAACAGACCCCCCGUGAGCCUGAGCAGCUCCGAAAGCUCUUUAUCGGGGGCCUCAGUUUUGAGACAACAGAUGAGAGUCUAAGGGCCCACUUCGAGCAAUGGGGAACUCUUACAGACUGUGUGGUGAUGAGGGACCCCAACACAAAGAGGUCGAGGGGUUUUGGGUUUGUGACCUAUAGUUCGGUGAAUGAGGUGGAUGCAGCGAUGGACGCUCGUCCGCACAAAGUUGAUGGAAGAGCUGUUGAACCCAAGAGGGCAGUGUCUAGAGAAGUAGGUGUUCAUUCUGAGAAACCUUACGGUGCUCACUCCACUGUUAAAAAAAUGUUUGUGGGCGGAAUCAAAGAAGACACAGAUGAGGAACAUCUGCGCGAGUAUUUCAGCCAGUUUGGUAAAAUUGACGAGGUGAACAUCAUGACUGAGAAGAACAGUGAUAAGAGGAGGGGUUUCGCCUUCAUAACAUUUGAUGACCAUGACGCUGUUGACAGGAUUGUCAUACAGAAAUACCACACAGUGAAUGGACACAACUGUGAAGUCAGGAAAGCUCUCUCCAGAGAGGAAAUGAACAGGGUGUCAGUGAAUCAACGAGGCGGGCGAGGAGGAGGUAGUGGUAGUGGUGGUGGAAACUUUGGCAGAGGUGGAGGAUAUGGAGACGGUGGAUAUGGAGGAGGAAGAGGUGGUUACAGUGGAGGCGAUGGAUAUAAUGGCUAUGGAGGGAAUGGCGGCUAUGGUGGAGGUGGAUCUAAUUAUGGUGGCAACCGUGGUUAUGGAGGAGGCAGCGGAGGUGGUGGCGGCGGCGGCUAUGGAAACCAGGGUGGAGGCUACGGUGGCAGCAGCGGUGGCUAUGAUAACUACAACAAUGGUGGUGGUGGAGGCAACUUCGGAGGAGGCAACUUUGGAGGUGGCGGAGGCUACAACGACUUUGGCAGCUACAACAAUCAAUCUUCCUCCAACUACGGCCCAAUGAAGGGAGGAAACUACGUAGGUGGUGGAAGGAGCGGUGGUGGCCCAUAUGGCGGUGGUUAUGGAGGAGGCUCUGGUGGUGGUUAUGGAGGAGGCUCUGGUGGGCGAAGGUUUUAGAUUCCAGGGCCACAGUACUUAGAGGAGAGCCAGAGAGAGAUGACAGGGAAAGGAGAGAAGCAAGCAGGUUUACACCUAGAUCUGCCCAGCCAAGCAGUGUGGUGGCGAUAUUAACGUCUGCCAUACGAAGAGAACGUGUUCAAUAGGGGAGGAAAAUCAUGUGGGAAUGGGGCUGGGGGGUUUGAAGGUGUUUAAAAAAAAAAAAAAGGAACGUUUCAAAAGUACUCUUGUCCUGGAAGACAUUUACUAGUUUGUAGUUUUCCCUUUUUUGUCUGUGAAGUGCAAAGCAUUCCAAUGAGAUUUUAUGCAGGGUUUAAUUGUUGUUGGCUUUUCUCUUGAACCAGUAGGGUGUCUGUCUUUUUUCUUUUACAUUUCUUUUCCUUUUUUUAAUGUGAACAGUCACCAAUCAAGAUUAAAUAAACCGCUCCAGUUUUUUUA